AGCGUGGCGGAGCUGCCAGGGAUCAGGUUUAAGUCUCUGCCACGUCACUGGAGUGAAGAAAAGCCUCGCUGUCCACCCGAGCCUCCUCCCUCCUGCACUGCUUUUCUUCUGGGUCUUGAAAAACAUGAUCAUAUCACAGUACAGUGCCCGUUCCUGCAGGACAUUGCGUGUGUUAUCCCUUGCAUGUAGUCUGUGAGGCACAAUGAACCACACCGAGAAGUCAGAAGAAGACGUUCCAGCUUAUCUACAGGAGGAGAAGCCAGAGGCCACAGUUAAAGACCACCCUCAAGCCCAACCUGGCAUGAUCUCUCGUGUAACGGGGGGCAUCUUCAGCAUGACCAAAGGCGCGGUUGGUGCCACCAUAGGUGGAGUCGCCUGGAUCGGAGGCAAGAGUUUUGAAGUGACAAAAACAGCUGUGACGUCGGUGCCAAGUAUAGGAGUUGGCAUUGUGAAAGGUGGCGUGUCAGCGGUCACUGGGAGCGUUGCUGCCGUUGGCUCUGUAGUCUCCAGUAAAGUCUCUGGGAAGAAGAAGGACAAAUCUGACUGAGCCAAUAUUUAUAUAUAUUUUUCUUUUCUACGAGAACUGACCCAGCAGUGAUUUGGUGACUGCAGAAUGGGCAAACAAAGAGCACACCACCUAAGACACUUGUUUCUGUAGCCACGGUGCGGUCUGUUGAGCAAGCAGACGGGGAUCGCAUGCAGUCAUGCAGUGAACACGGACUAUGAAGGGUUCAUUGAAACUGCAGUGCAGAUGUUACAUUUUAUUACACCAAAUCAUGUGUUUACUUUGUGUUUUUUUUUUUUUUUUUAUAUAUAUAUUAUAACUUCACAGCACAUAGAUUUGCAGCCUGGUACUUGUAUAGUACAUGUUCUUUUAUCUUAUGCUCAUGGCAUGCACCUGGAUAGCCACACACCUCAAUGCAAUUUGUCACCAGACAGGUGGCAUGGAAAGGUUCAAAUAAAUAGUUAUUUUUGUGUAUGUCCAGAAAUUUCAGCCAAUUCCUGCUUUUUCUUUUCUUGCUUCCCAAGAGUGUUUGUUUCACUAUAAUUUUGGAUUAUUCUUAUGUACUUGGUAGAUCUGUAUGUGACAGUGUUGUAUGUUCCCCAUCCCUCCAUUAUUAGCAUUAGGGUAGACAUACACUUAACUUAUUGUUAAAGGAACUAUAUAGGUUCCGGAUUGUUAUUUUUUUCUUUUCUCCCACUCCUCUUUAGUGCCUUAUAGAACGCCUUCAGGUGCACAACGUAAAUGUGGAUUCUGCCACCAUCCUCACGGUUUUAUAGAGCCUAUUAUAGAAAGCUAUGAUUUUAAAUCUCACUGUCGCUUUGGUCUUUGCACAUGGAUUACACUCCCCUGAGGUGCAUUCCUACUUUGUUUAGUUCCCCCCUUGGACAGGAUUCCAGAAGUGGUAGUUUACAUAUUUUUAUACAUUGCAAGAAGCUUAUUUUCUAUAUAGAGUAUAAUUGUGUGCUGUGUCUUUGGAAAGAUAUGAAUGCUACGCAGAUCCUAAAUGUAAGAAUCCUGUGCUAAUUGCAGUUUUCUCCCGUUUCUCUUUUUCCCUUUCUCUAUUUCCCACCCCCUUUUUGUUAUAUCUUCCAAUUACCAUAUUUACUUAGUCACCCACCUAAAAUGUGAAUUAUGGUGAGAGAGAAAAAUAAACUUUGUGCCUAUA